AUGGAGCAGGAAGGGCUUUCCCGACCUCCCCGACCCUUGGCCGGGGACAGAAGCAGGCGGGAUCAGGACCGGUACUGUUCAUACCACCGAGAUGUGGGGCACGACACGGAGGACUGCCGCCACCUUAAGAGGGAAAUCGAAAAGCUGAUACGGAGAGGUCAUCUCGGGCAGUUUGUCCGUGAGGGGCGAACUGAUCAAAAGCAAGGGGGGUUCAAACGAGAUCGGACGACCAGCUCGCACGAUCGACCUCGGGUUCCUCGUGAUCGAACUCCAGAGAAGGGAGUUCAGAACCUAGCAGGAGUGAUCAACACUAUUGCAGGGGGACCUGCUGGGGGAGAUAGCCAUACGGCUCGGCGAAAUAAUCGACCUCACCCCAUUGGGGAGAGCUCGAACAAGCGCUUAAAGAUGUAUGAGGAGAUCAUCUAUGGGCCAGAGGACGCGGUACCCUUGGCCUCCAAUAACCAUAAGGCAAUUGUGAUAGAAGUCAUCACGUGCAACUACAAAGUAAAGAAGGUAUACAUCGACAAUGGGAGCACCAUCGAUGUGCUGUACUACAAAACUUUCAAAGAGCUGCAGCUGGAGGAUAAGCAGCUCAUUCCAGUUCGUACUCCUUUGAUAGGUUUUGCAGGUCCGCCAGUAAAGCCAGAGGGAAUGAUAACCCUCAUGGUCACUAUAGGGGAGUCACCGAAGUGCCGAACUAUUCCGGUGAAUUUCGCGGUGGUAAAGGAGCCAUCCUCCUACAACAUGAUACUAGGACGUCCAACCCUAAACGCACUCCGAGCUGUCUGUUCGACCUUACACCUUAGCAUGAAGUUUCCAACGCCCGAUGGAGUGGCCGAGGUGCUAGGAGACCCGGAGGUAGCUCGGGCCUGCUAUAUAGCGACCCUCAAGGGUAAGGAGAAGCUGGUAGCCCAGGUAGCCUAUCUGGAACCCUGGGAACCUGCUGAAAAAGUGGAGAGGUUGGAGACGGACGAGAGUCUGGUUGAAUUGCCUAUCUGCCCCGAACGACCCGAUCGGGUGGUUCGGGCUGGAUCCGGCCUAAGCGAGCUGACGUGGAGAGCCCUGGAGUCUCUCCUGGAGGAAUACGCCGAGAUUUUUGCUUGGAGUGCUGACGACAUGCCCGGAGUUCCUCCCGAACUGGCAGUUCACAAGUUGCACGUGGACCCGAGCAUCCGGCCAGUGAAGCAAAAGAAGAGAAACUUCGCGCCUGAACGCAACGAGGUUGUCAAAGAGGAGGUAGGCAAACUGUUGGAGGCCAAAAUUGUGAAAGAGAUCUACUACCCGACCUGGCUAGCCAAUCCCGUGUUGGUGAAAAAGGAGGAUAGGGCGUGGCGGAUGUGCGUAGACUUCACCGACCUGAACAAAGCUUGUCCGAAGGAUUGCUACCCCCUCCCUCGCAUCGACCAGCUGGUCGAUUCAACUACUGGAUGCGAGAUUUUCUGCUUUCUGGACGCCUUCAAAGGGUAUCACCAGAUAGUCCUGGACGAGGAGGAUCAAGAGAAGACUGCCUUCAUCACCGAGUACGGCACGUACUGCUAUACCACCAUGCCAUUUGGGUUGAAGAAUGCCGGCGCGACCUACCAACGACUGGUCAACAAGUUGUUCAAGAACCAGAUCGGUCGAAACAUGGAAGUGUACGUAGAUGACAUGCUGGUGAAAAGCCGAACUCAGGAGCAGUUCAUCAACGACCUCAGAGAGAUCUUUGACGUCCUACGGAGCUCGCGGAUGCGGCUGAACCCCAAGAAGUGCACUUUCGGGGUUAGGUCGGGCAAGUUCUUAGGGUACAUGAUAUCCAAGGACGGGGUAAGAGCUAACCCUGACAAGGUAAAGGCUAUCAUGGACAUGGCUCCUCCACGAAACAUAAAGGAGGUCCAGCGAUUAGCGGGCAGGAUGGCGGAUCUAAACAGGUUCUUGUCGAAAUCGGCAGUUCGGGGAUCCCCUUUUUUCAAAGCCUUGCGAAGAGGUCCUCAAUUUGAAUGGACCCCCGAGUGUCAGAAAGCCUUUAGCGAGCUAAAAGGUCACAUCGCUCAGUUGCCAGCCUUGACUUCUCCCGCUCAGGAAGAAACCCUGCUGAUCUAUCUGGCAGCUUGGGAGGAGGCGGACAGUGCGGUGCUAGUUCGGGAGGAUGGCAAAGUCCAGAGACCCGUAUACUAUGUCAGCCGAGCUCUGCAGGGCGCGGAGCCAAGAUACACUAUGAUCGAACGGUAUGUUCUAGCAUUAGUCCACGCGGCCAGGAAGCUCAGGUCAUAUUUUCAGGCUCACCCCGUGGUGGUAAUGACCGACCAGCCACUCAAACAAAUUCUUUCAAAGCCUGAUGCGUCAGGGAGAAUGGAAUCACAGGUCGAGCGGACCAGAGACACAGCCAAGGCCAAGCAGGUCGGAGAAGCUGUCGAGGCCGCGCAGACCUCCAAGUCCCCACCGACCCAAGACGCAGCAGAGGCCAGGCAGGCCGGAGAAGCUGCCCAGGUCGAGCAAGCCACCAAGACUUCCGAGGCCGAGCAGACCUUAGACGCAGUCGAGGCCGAGCAGGCCGAAGGACCUGCCAAGGUCGGACAGGCCCCAAAGGAAGCCAAGGCCGAACAGAUCGGAGACGCAGCGGAGGCUGAACAGGCCAGAGAGGCUGUUGAGAUUGAACAGGCCACCGGCAAAGUCGAUCAGACCAUUCCGACCUGGACGCUGUUCGUGGAUGGGUCGUCGAGCAAGGAAGGAUGCGGAGCAGGGCUUCUCCUGACCAGCCCCCUGGGGGAUGAGUUGGCUUACGCCCUGAGAUUUGAUUUCAGAGCCUCCAACAACGAGUCCGAGUAUGAGGCCCUGGUCGCGGGGAUGAUGAUAGCUCGAAAGCUAGGGGCCGAGUCAAUAGAAGUCUACAGCGACUCGCAACUGAUAGUCAACCAGGUAGGGGGAAGUUACGAAGUUAAAGAGGAACCCCUAAGAAGGUACGUCGCCAAAGUACAUGAGCUGAGAACUCAGUUCAAGGUAUUUACGCUCAAGCAGGUCCCGCGAAGCCAAAAUAAGAGAGCGGAUGCUCUGUCCAAGCUGGCUUCCACCUCGGUCGGUACGUUGAACAAAGAGGUCUUGGUGGAGGUCGUCAGAAAUCGGGCGUUUGACCGGGUAAACGCGGCUGUUAUUCAAGUAAUGAGCUCAUGGAUGGAUCCCGUCGUACGGUACCUAGCUAGUGGAGAGCUCCCUCCAAGCCGGGUGGAGGCACGGAGGGUCCUCCUCAGGUCGCAGGGAUACGAGCUCUCGAAUGGGGUACUCUACAAGAAAUCCUACCUACGCCCGUGGCUGAGGUGUAUAACUCCGGAGGAGGGAGACUACAUCCUGCGUGAGCUGCAUGAGGGUAUCUGUGGAAACCACGUCUGCCCAAGGGUUUUGGCCAAGAAAGGAAUGCUGUCUGGAUACUAA